AUUACAAAAUGACAGUUUUCCCUUAAAUUACUAGGAGGAGUGAUUUACUCGUAUUUGCUGCCUGUUUUUGUAAUCUGUCUAAAACAUACAGCCUUAUUUAUGUCGCGGACGUAUUUGACAUGGCAAAAUGGCCCUUAAUCACAACAUUGUCAGCCAUUUGGUAAACAUCGCCAGACUGAUCCGGCAAGUCAUCCUGCUGUAGAUGUGGAAAAAAAUUAGAUCAUCGACAAAAAUACCACUGAAAUGGUUGCUGGUGGUGCAAAUUUGUAAAUAACACUGGAGUUGGCUACCUUUCGGUCAUAGGAAAUGGCGAAAAUCUUCGUUUUGGACGUUGAUUUUGAGGGCAACACAGAGAUCUUGAAAAUUGACUACACCACAAACUGGUUGAAUUUAGAGGCAAUGCUGAAAUGCUAUCUGAACGUGGGUGAACUUGAUAUUCGUUACGUGGAUGAUGAAAAUGAUGAGGUGUGCCUCAGCUGUGAAGGGGAAUUGACUGAGGCAAAGAAAAUUGCCCAGAAACAGCAGGAUGUGCUCUGUCUGAAGAUAGCCUGCAAACCCGCGGCUUCGACAACAUCAAAGCCAGCAGAAAAAAGUAGUUCCAGCAAUUGUGCCGAGCCUGUGGAAACAUCAGCUCCAGAGCCACAGGCAUCACUCUUUAAGACGAACCCUAGAGUCCCUGUGCAGUGCUCCACUCUACGAGGCACUUGUGACCUCAGCAGCGACAGCAGCAAGAAAGGUUCUUACUACGCAGACCUGGUCAGCACUUCUGGCCAGAUGCAAGCAGCCAAGAAACUCCAGCAACAGGCAGUCAAUGCCUGUCAGCCAUCACCUGAGAGAAACGAGGCACUCACCAUGCUCAUGCCAGCAAUACCCCUGAGCGGAGAGUCGCAGCCUGGACAGACGGUUGGCAGCGAGACGCCUGCAGCAGCAUUGGCCUCUGAUACAGCAGUCCCAGAAGAACUUGUUGAGCGUGUCGUGCGUAGUGUCCUGAAUGGAUUGGAUAGCACAGUACUUGAAGCUUUGUACAAGCCCUCCAAACGCCCUCCAAAAGUUCAAGAUCACAGUGAUGGAAGUCCAGCCAAGAAGGUGUUCUGUCAUCUGGGUGUCAUCUGUGACAACUGCAACAAAACUAUUGUCGGUGUGCGUUAUAAGUGUGGGCAUUGCACUGACUAUGAUCUGUGUGAAGCCUGUGAGGCCAUUGAGGAUGUCCAUGAAUCUAGCCACGUGUUCCUCAAACUUCGCCAGCCAGCCCAUAAGGGCUUGGGUCUAAAGCCUAGUGGUAAAAUGGCUCCCCUACUGAAGCGGCCAAUCUACAGCGAUGACAGCUCUGCUACUGUCAGCAACAGUCUAAAACGCCUAGAAGAGAAGAUGGCUCGCAAGCAAGCCAAGGCGGAGCUGAAACGCAAGUUCAAGGAGGAGAAGCGACGAUAUCGAGGAGAGGUGUGUCACAUGAUCUCGCCCAGCAAGCGCGAGCGUCUGGAGCGCAUGGCUGAGCGGCAGGUGGAAGAGAUCCUGCAAGCAGCCCACGUGGUAGGGAAAGCCAAGGCAGAAGAAGUGACAGUUACCCAAGCGGAUGCGGUGCCAGAUGUGGUGAUGGUACCCCAGGGGGACACUGUGCCUGGCACAGAGCACAAGGGAGAGGAAAGUGCGACAGAGACGAGCAAGCUGCUCAUGCGUUGGAAGAUGGAUGCAGUGUUUGUGCGUGAUGGCAACCUGCCUGAUGACACCCACUUGCAGCCUGACACCAAGUUUGUCAAGAGCUGGGUUAUGAAGAACACCGGACCAGCUACCUGGAACAAGGACACCAAGUUGAAGUACCUGUGGGGUAGCAUGCCUACCACCACCCCCGAUGCUGUGGAUGUGCCACCAGUUGCCCCCGGGGAGGAGGGAGAGAUCUGUCUGGAGUUUGUGGCCCCCUCCCUACCAGGGCAGUACCAGAGCCACUGGCGCCUGGCCCAGGACGGUGAGCACUUUGGUCAUCGGGUCUGGUGCAACAUCACUGUCGACCAACCAACCAGAGACGAAAAGAAAGUGGAAGAUGCCAAUCAGGAGGCCUCCUUCGAUGCUGUGGCCCAGCUGCAGGCUGGCCAGCAGGACCCUUCCAUCCCCAUGCGGGUGUGCUCCUCGGCUGAGAUGUUGACUGCCCAGGAUGUGUUGUCCUUUGAGAUGCUGAAGAUCUCUGGCAGCAGCCAGGCAGAGACAGAGAUGGAGUCGGAGGUGGCCACCCUGACUCACCAAACCACCCCGACACCUCACAACACACCACUGGGCGUUACACCCUGCAUCUCGCCAGUCCGUGAGCUAGACGCUAUUGCCCUGAGUCGCCACAUGUCGCAGCACAGUGACAUGGAGAUCGUCGAAGUACCAGCUGAAGAGAUCGAAGGAGAUCCCAGACUGCCCCAAGAGGAUGUGGAGACCAACUACGCUGGGUGGGAACAAGAUGAUGACGUUGAAAAGUUGAGUACCAGCGAAAGCUCAGAGGACCUCCUGGAUGAUUUUGAGGUGGUGCCACUGCCUGAUUGCUUUGAUCCUAGCAAACCGCUGGACACUUCAGUGAUGGAGAGGAAGAGCUCGGUUACUGGCACUCAGACGUUUCUUACUCUCUUGGAGCCCCUGCCAUUAGCUGCCAAGCAAGAUGCUUGUGUAUCCACUGUGACAUCGUGCAAUACAGUGGCAACUGAUGUACCGAUUCUGUCCUCGACUACACAUAGUGAGUGCCAAACCACUGCCAGUGAGCAGCGCGACGUGGCUAGCAGCGCAAGCCCCAGCUCUGCCGCAGUGGCAACCGACGUUGACGCGCUGUGUCCAACCUCCCACUGUGAGGCUCAGACGGACGUGCCAGUGGGUACCGUCUCCACGGCAGCUGCUGAUGACUCGUUUGUCCAUGUGGUCAGUUCAGAGAUUCAGACCAAGAUGGCUUCCAGCCCCUCUCGGCAGGACACCGGUGUGAGCGCGGUGGCCAGCUCCAAGUGUGUGGCCACCAGCGCUGGAUCCUCCCUCAACAUUGCCAGCUCGGUCACCCAGACUGAGUCCUGCACCUCGCAGGAUGCUACCACAGCCACCACUGUACCGGUAUCCGUGGCAGUGGCAACCAGCGUAGAUACCCUCUUUAACAUGGCGCACAAUGAGGCCCAAACCAUCUCCUGUGUCCAGCGUGAUGCCAUCACUCAUGCUAUCCCAACAUCCACGACAGUUGCCACAGAUGUAGAUGCCCUCCUGUCAACAGCUCACUCUUGCAUUCAGACUACCCAUAAUGGCACAAAGGAUGCAACCACCGUAACAGUGGCUCCAUCUUCCAACACAGUGGCCACCGAUAUGGAUGUCUCGGUCAACACAAGCCACGCCCAUUCUCAGACCACACCGAGUCCUGUGCAGGAUGCUAUUACCACUGCCUGUCCUUCAUCCUCCUCAGUGGCCACAGAUGUUGACGCGCUAUUCAACGUCCCUACUUCAGAGGUCCAUGCGGAGCCCCUGAUACCAAGUCAGGUGCCCAGCCCUCUUCAGAUCAUCAAGAUUGUCAGUCCAACAGUGAUUGUCGACACAGAGAUGGCAUCAGCUUCGUACCAACCACAGGCUGGUAUUGUUAUCAGUCCAUAUGGUGAAGCUGUGGAUCAGCCACCUAAGAUCGUAGAUGUCACUGGUCAGCUUGGAACAAACGUUGACACACCCAAUCCUCCAAGCCAGGCGGCUGGAGAGAAAGACCAAGAGGUCUUCCAUGAUGCAGUGGAGCCCAAUGCAGCCGAGGAACCCAGUGCCCAGGAAGGGGCAGCUGCAGCACCCAGUCAACCCAAUGAGCCCAUUGCUGGUGACAAAGACCCCAUGGAAGCCUUAGGGUUCAGUGCCCAGAAAGCCUUUGACUAUGCAGGAGGGCUGGUGAAACAUGCCUUUGGUCAGGCUGCAAUGUCCGUCACAGCCCUGCUUAACCCUCAGCCUUUGCCUGCGCCAGAGGAGUGGCCAAAGACCCAGAUCCAACCCCUGAACCCUGAAGACCAGCUGGUAGAGAUGGGCUUUGGCAAUCGCCAACGGAACAGGGAGCUCCUUAAGAAACACAAAGGCCGCAUCGAUCUGUGCGUACAGGAACUGCUACAAGAACAGGACGAGUCCUGGCAUGCAGCCAGGCACUAGAGCCAAUCAGAGUACAUGAUGUGUGUCAUAUGACGGGCACCCACCAAUUAAGUGUACUGUUCAUGUCAUAUGAUGUGCACUAGCCAAUAGGGAAUCAUUGUAAUAUAUCAAUUGAAUUUCAGAGUAAAUAAGUGAAAAUAAGAGAAACGAUGUGCACAUUGUCACGUGGUACCCAGGUAAACAUUAAGGAUUCUCGUAAAGUAAUUUUGACUUUCAAAAAAGGUAUUUAAAUCAUUCUAUUCGGAUGAUAUGAAUUUUUUAAAUACAUCAAAGGCGUUUAGCUAAUCAGAUAUCCGAUUGCAUGAUAUAAUAAACGGCAAUAGCCAAUUAGGAUCACUGACAUGGAGGUUUGAGUAAUUGUUUAGGUUUAUAAGAGAUUUAUUUACAAAAAUAAAUAGGCUACAAGCUAUACAUGUAUAGCUUACAAGGGCACAGUUUAUCAACACAACACUAAGUUGUUAUUUUUUCCUUAUCGAUUUUAAGGUUCCUAAUGUAUGUAUAGGUGUUAUUUUCAUCAAUUUAACAUGUAUAGUUAUUGUAUAAGAUCGGUCAUAAAUACAUCCGAUCUCUGCCUCUCCAGUAAAACUGUUUAAUCUGUAGCAGUUGCUUUCAAUUCAUUAUUUCCCCUAUAAACCAUCAAUGGUUUGGUUUCUAAUGCAAAAGGAGAUGAUAGUAACGCAUCUGUACUGUUUGUAAUGUAUCAUCUAUCACCAUUGUUUAAUGUUUGCUGUCAAAUCUUUAAGAUGAGCAUACAAGUUCAAGUGAUAUGAAGCAAAGCUGUAGUUGGAUUAAGAAUGAUGCAUUGGGUUUGCACUGGAGCUUUUUGGAUUUAGAAUGAGAAAAGAGAUUUCAGAGAAAAAAAGGUUCUAUAUAGUUGUUAGGGUAAUACACCGAAGGAAGCGUCCUUCAAGAAGUUUCAUUUCUUUCUUUACUAAAGUGAUACUAACAUUGAUACUGAAUGAAAUGUGCAUGCGGAAAUGUAUUUCAAUUUUGUAAUAUUGUACAAAACACUACAUGUUUUAGAAAUGAUAUAUUGCUUAAUGAACACAAAAGGGUGAAUUGUCUUUGGGGCUUAGAGAUGUAGAUUCUGGGCAGAUUUGUGUGAAAGUAUAAAUAGUGUAACUUAUUUUUCGUGGGUGCUGACGGGGAUUAACUAAAUUGGCAUGAUUUUUGGUGCAGGAAUGGAGAUUGUUGAAAGAAUGAAUGUUGUGAAAUGUUUUGUUUUUGAAUAUCAUUUGUGUAAAGCACAUUGUAUGAAAAGUUGUAGGCCUUAAAGACUAAGAAAAAAGGAUACACACUUCAAAAAGUUCAGUUUGUCGGUUAGCUACUGUCUGCUUUUACCUUGGGGAAAAAUCCGUGGAUGGUUUGGCAAAUCGUAGAAGUAUGCAUUUCUAUCACUUGCCGACCUACAUUAUUCUUUGUAUACUUAAAAGGAUUACAAUGCGAGUAUACACGUUGACAAGUAACAUCUCUACAUUUUAUUGAAUAUUAUCAUUUUGACAAUUUUAAACAAAAGAUCUACGGAAAAAGUCCAAAUGCUUUGGUUUGGAAAUUGCCAACCCAUAACCAAAUAUCGAGGAAUAUGUCGCAAAUAAGCACCAUGAAGCACUUGAAGAUUGUUGUAAGGAAACUGUAUAUAUUAAACAUAGUAUAUGAUAUUGAAGAUUGCUAGUGUGUGAAACCGAUCUUGGGAUUUGAGAGUGAGCACGUAGAAUACCCAAUGAUAAGUUAAUGGGAGGUCGGUUGGUCUUGAUCUGUGAACCAUAAACCAACAUCUGUUUUACCUAACUGGUAUACAUGUAACAGCUUUCAGUAACGGCUGUGCACUUAAAAUAACAUCAAAUAAAGGUUAUACGUUAGAUUUUA